AUGCUGGCAGUAAAGUCAUAUUGUGAAAUGGGAUCACACUUAUCAUCUGCAGGUCGUAAAUCAGUAGUCUCUAAUACACAUACACAGAGAGAUGAAAUGAAUGCACGUCAGUCUCAGAAACAUGUAAAUUAUAAUGAAGCAACAAAUACAAAUGCUAGAGAUCAUGGUCAUACAGACCGUCUAAAGACUUUAUUUCAUGAUAAUCGGACCCUUAAAACAUUAUCUGAACAGAAAGUUAGUGAGUGGUUAUUAAAAAACAAACAAUAUUACAGUGCUCUCCCAAAGGAUAUGAUAGAAAUCCCUGAACAUAUAUGCAGUUUACCAGAUAACCAAGCCUCUACUUGGGUUCAUGAUGCUUCAAGCAAUGCAAAAAGUGAAACGAGUCCAUCUAAAAAGGAGCCACAAAAACACGGAAAAGGGUCAUCUGAUGGUAUGGGUGCAAAAGGUAAUCAUGAUAAAAUGAAUCAUUAUUGCUAUAAAAACUCAGAUUAUAAGUCCAUACGAAAUUGUCAACCACAACCUUUAAAUAUGUCAUCUGUUAAGUGUACUAAAGAUUAUAGAAAUCAUUCACAACACGGUAAUGAUGUAUUUCAUAGAAACGAAAUGAAACUGAUAACACCAGAAAAUUCACGCAGUGAUAAAGCAGACCACAGAGAUGUGGACAUCUUACCAAGUUGUAGUAAAAAGAUCAAGAAAAUUCCACAUAAUCGACGUGAUUCACACUCAGUUAUACCAUCAAAGUCAAGUACUUUCGACCGCAGAAUGAAUGAUAACUGGUAUCUGAAUAAAGUUUGUUUAAAUCAGCGUAGAACACUAUCAAAUACACUUCAGAAUAAUGCACUUUAUAGCAUAAAACAACCAUCAACUAAUAUUUCAUUAAGUAAUUUAUCACCCUUUAAAACACUACAAAAUAAAUUUGAAGCCAAACUUCAUCAACAUGAGCUACAAAAUUCAAAAUCAUUGCGUGAAUCCAAUAUUAACCCUCCAAUAUUCAAUAAGUCACGGUUCUCCAAGCCUCUAGGUUCAUUAAAUUCUAUUCAACGAACAAUGUGUAAACAAACUGAACCGGUAAAUGAGAUGUGCAAUUUUUUUAAGUCACAGAAACCAAUAAAAGGCUUGCAGAAAUUCGCAUCAAUAUGGAUGAAUUCACCAGAGAAGUAUUUGAAUAAACGAUCGAGUUACCUGGGAUAGAUGCCAAAAAAUACUGAACAUCCUUAUAAAUGUAUAACUGGCUAUAUGAUUGCAGAGAUGAGGAAUUUCCUUGGGUCAGUUCACAGUGAACUGUAGGGAACAAUGCAUAGGGAAAAAUGACCGAAGAAAUAAACAAGACGACAUACGAUUGUUGCAUGAGAACAAAAAAACUGUUCCAGUUUUUAUUUUAAAUUAAUUAGUCAAUUAGUUUGGUUACUAAUUUUGAUACAAAAAAGAAAUGAAAUUCUCUUCUUUUGACACUGAUCCUUCAGUUUAGCAAACCGAAAUACUUAAAGAUGUUGGGAAAUUGUUGAAUAAGAAGGGGAUUAAAAGAGGAGAUAAAUGCCCUAAUGCUGAAACUUAGCGAUAAUUUAUUUUUCCCCCUUAUUUCUGAGUGAAUAUAUUAUCUACAUUACUUUCAGUGGUUUAUGAGUUAACCUUUUGAACAACCGAACAAGGAUGGAAAACAUUCUGCUCAUAUUCAGAAUUAAUUUAUAAAUUCUUCAACCUACAAAGUUUGCUUGUCAGCACGUUAUUUUAUACCAGUAUAUAUAUAUACUCCGAAAGCUCGCAUAGUUUUCUAUAUAUCAUUCUGUUAUUAUUAUCACAAUUAUUAUCAUCAUUAUUACUGACAAUAUCAUCGUCAUUAU